AUGGCUAAGCAUAAAGGGAGCAACUCAGCCAAAGUGCCGCUGCCACUCGCCCUUGAAGCUCCUCAUGCUGCUCCAACCACAUUUAACGAUGGCCUUCCUCUGCCUAAACUGUUUGUUUUUGACUUAGAUUACACCCUGUGGCCCUUCUGGGUAGACACCCAUGUCAGUGCUCCUAUAAAAUCCAAGGACAAUAACUCCCGUUGCGUGGAUAGAUGGGGUGAAUCGUUCUCAUUUUACCCAGCCGUCCAUUCGAUUUUGCAAGCAUGUCGAGCUCGAUCUAUACCAGUCAGUCUUGCGUCUCGUACUCAUGCACCAGACCUUGCGCGCGAUGUACUCAAAGCCCUCCACGUUAUCCCGUCGUUUACAGACAAUCCGGCCGCUGACAAUCGUUCGAUACGUGCGCUGGACUACUUUGAACAUGUACAGAUAUACCCGGGGACGAAGACGCAACACUUUACCCGAAUACAGCAGUCGAGCAGCUUGAAAUACGAAGACAUGCUCUUUUUUGACGAUGAAGCUCGCAAUAAAAACGUCCAGACAGAACUCGGAGUGACGUUUUGCCUGGUUAAGGAUGGAAUAACCAAAGAAGAGGUCGACCGAGGGGUUUGGGAAUGGCGACGGCGGAUAGGCAUAGGCCCGACUGACCAGAAAGAAACGCCUGUAGAAGAACGGAAUUAA